AUGGAAGCGCUUAAACGUUUAGGCCGAAAUCGUGUGACGCGUUUAAAUGAAUUUGGCCUCACCAAAGCAACAAAUCGUCGUAACUAUGCACAUUUACACACUUUAAUCGGUUUUGUGCUCGGUUUUUUGAUGGCAUUUGCCACUUUACUGUUCUAUGACCGCCAGUUGUUAUCAUGCGAACAAAUCGAGCACCACAGCAUUUCCACAGAACAUUUUUAUGAUUAUUUUGUGAGCAGCGGCUUUGCCGUGAGCAGUAGUAGUAGUGGCGGUAGCAGUGGCAGUGAAAAUCUCAUCCGUGACAAUGAAUUUUUAAUCACUUCAACACAGUCAACACAAGGUUCAGCAAGUACAGCCGCAUCCGGUAGUGAAAAUGUUGUGGAUUUUGCUGAAAUAGACCUGCAUCAACAUUUAGAGAGCGAGGUGCGCGUGCUGUGUAUGGUGCUGACCUGCCCUAAGUACCACAGCAGCCGGGCGGCACAUGUGAAGGCUACUUGGGGUCAACGUUGCACGAAACUAAUAUUCGUAAGUAGUGUUCCUGAUGAGGAAUUGGGUGUAGUGAAUGUCAUCGAUGAAGAAGCGGAUACUUAUCAUGAUUUAUGGAAUAAAACGCGUGAAGGAUUUCGUUAUGUACACGAGCAUUUUUUAGAUGAUUAUGACUGGUUCCUAAAAGCGGAUGACGAUACUUAUGUUAUCAUGGAAAAUUUGCGAUACAUGCUCUAUGCUUAUAGCCCUGACAUGCCCAUUUACUUUGGCUACAAGCUCAUCCGAUACAAACUUCCUUAUAUGUCUGGUGGUGCAGCUUAUGUCUUAAGUAAGGAGGCUUUGCAGCGUUUUAUGGAGUCAUCAUUUCACAAUGAAGCAAUAUGUCCAAAAGCACAAAGAUUUGGUGCAGAAGAUUUCUAUAUGGGCGUUUGUUUGAGGAAUGUCGGUGUUUAUAUGGGCGACUCGCGCAAUGCAUUAGCAAAUGACAGUAAACCAAAAUUCUUCCCUCUGGACUUAUUAUCGUAUAUGGAACCGCAAUGGAAUACAACAAUAGCAGAUUGGUUGAUUGAUAUGACACCAUAUCCAGUGGAAGUGGGUUUGGAUUGUUGUUCGAAUUAUUCCAUUGCGUUCCAUUAUACGGAUCCAAAUGAUAUGUAUGCUUUUGAAUUCUUAAUUUAUCGUUUCCAAGGGUUUGGUCUCAAAAGACUGCCAGAAUCUUUGCCAAGGAAAUUUUCAGAAGCUGAAGUACAAGAUUUAUUCCAAAGCGAUUUGGAGACGACAACUGUUAGUAUGGAUGACACAACAUUGCCUGACAAUUUUUAGAAAUAAUUUUGUUAUAUAUUAAUUAAUUGUUAAUGAAUUGUAUUAAAUUGUAU